AAGGAAGAGGAUGAAGUUGAUUUUGUUUGUCGUUGUUAUUUUGUCUUCAAAGGUACAAGCUGAUAAUGGACUGUUGGUUGGAGAAGUGAUUGGAGACGCAUCAACACAGGUUUCUGCCUGUAUAUUUUACAACCCUGACUUCAAAGCUCUGCCCAAAACACUGGAGGAUGCUAAACCGGAAAAUGUCGUAGAUUUUUCAACAGAUUUGGGCUGUCAAGGUACCCCCAUUUAUGACAAUGAUGUCAGCGAGAAGCUGGUGACAGUUCUACGAGGAAAUUGUUCCUUCUCAGAGAAAGCACAUCUUGCCCAGGAACAUGGAGCGAUUGGCCUUCUGGUGGUUAACACCCCCAGUCAGGCAAUGACGACGCCAGGUGUGAACAAGACAUUGGACAUCAACAUCACUGUGGCCAUGGUGUCUGAAAAGGAUUUCGCUGACUUUCAGAAAUUAGGCAUUGACAAGAUUCAAGUGCGGCUGUUUUCUCCGGACCCUCCGAAAGCUGAUCUUAAUAUGAUUUUAAUCUGGCUGAUCGCUAUGAUCUGCGUCGUGAUCGGAAGCCACUGGGCAGGGAACAUCACUUUCUCACAAUUUCUCAGAAAACGUCCGCACCUGAUGCGUCCGGGCGAGGAAAAGAUUGUUGAUGAUCACCCAAAAUCUGAAGAUGAAGGAAGUGUUAAUCUAGGAUUAAAACACCUGGUGUUACUGGUUAUCAUCAUGUGUGGUGUGCUGGUGGCACUGUACUUCCUGUAUGACUAUCUGGUGUACAUCAUCAUCGUUGUGUUCUGUAUAGCUGGCUCAACAUCUCUGUACAACUGUAUCUGGCCUUGGGUUGAAAACCUCCAGCCGCUUGCACGGAUUCCGCCCAGUCGUAUUCCGCUACUGUCCCACCAGCCACAGGUGAAAAGUCUGGUUUUACUGGCUUUGUGUUUCACAGUGGGCAUCACAUGGGCAGUGGAGAGGAACGCCAGAUAUGCUUGGAUAUUACAAGACCUGAUGGGUGUUACAUUCUGCAUAUUCAUGCUGAAAACUAUCAGGUUACCGAGUUUGAAGGCUUGUACAAUUCUAUUAGUCUUGUUAUUUUUCUACGAUAUUUUCUUCGUGUUCAUCACAAAGCUGUUCACCAAGAGUGGGGAAAGUGUCAUGGAAGUGGCUACAGGGGGUGGCAGCUCUUCAGGGGAACAGCUUCCCAUGGUGUUCAAAGUGCCACGUUUUUCCACCAGCCUAGCUGCCAUGUGUUACCGGCCAUAUUCUCUGUUGGGCUUUGGAGAUAUCAUAGUGCCAGGGUUACUGAUUUCAUUCUGCUCUGGGUUUGGACGUAAAGUACGAUGUCCUUACGUGUACUUUCUAUGUGGAGCAGCAGCCUAUGGCGUGGGCCUGAUCAUCACAUUCAUCGCCCUAGCCCUUAUGGAGACGGGUCAGCCAGCGUUGUUGUAUCUCGUGCCCUGCACUCUCCUGUCCACUGUCGUGUUGGCACUGAAACGUCGCGAGCUGAAAAUGAUGUGGUCAGGUGACCCGGUCACAGAGAAGACCAAUGGUGGGCCUCAUGCAGAUGUCACCGAGCCAUCAUACCAAACUCCGCCCCCUGUUCCUGAACUGGAUGUGCAGGAGGAGGAGGAGGGGCCUACGGUCGUCAGGGAAACGGAUGAGAGACAGCUUCUUAUAAACAGACAGUUAGCUAGUUGAAACACAAGUGUGAGGUGACCUCAUUUGUAAUUCUGAUGGUGUUUUAUAUCUGCAGUCAGUGUGUUUUCCUGCAGGUCUAGCUUUUAUAGAAUUCUGAUAUCAAUGAUAGUAAUGUGUGCAAGGUAUAAAUAUGGUGGUCAUUUUCUCUCGUUUGAAUAUUAGCUUAUCUGUUCUUUUCCCACCAUUCCUUGAACAACUUCUGCUAAUGUUUAGGAAAAUGUUAAAGGUGCUAUCUGGCCUCAGAGCCCUGUUAAUUUUCCAUAAGCGAUAACGUUAACAUUUAGUGCUGUAGCUCAGUCCCAAGCAUUCUGUGGCGAAUAAGCUUUGGAGCAUACCUGGUUCAGCCUGAGCAAAAGAAGCCAUGAAAAUCUUGACAUAGGCUGACCGUCAAAAUCUGGACCUUUCUAUGCUGGCAGCUGGGAGGGGUGCCUAGCAACUCCAAGGGGACGUCACUCACAGCCUCAUCACCACCUCAUCACAACCUGUCUCCUUGUGUCCCCUCGCCCUGAGUUUCCAAUUUUCAUGAUUAAAACUCAUACCUGCCUAAAGCAUAGACAAUUUCCAUCAAUUCCAUGCCAAUCAUGCACCUGUGCACCAAAAAUGAUAGGCUGCCAGUGAAAAAAAAAAUUUCAUCCCUGCAGAGAAACGGAAGUGCUAAUAAGGUACUGACUCCUACAUGUAUUGAACACUGUUUUUGCAUGUAAAGGACAAGAACACGAGAUGGAUGUUUAAACGUCGAAAUUCUGUUUUCAAAUCAAUGACUGCACAUGUAAGUUACACAAUUUAUGAACUUCACGCCUCUUUUUGUACAGUAUAUGACGAAAUUCCAGCAAAAUGAAUUGAUGGUCGACACCAAAUUAUAUUAAGCACACCAGGAAGUGCUAUUUGUCUGGCACACAGAACCAUGAAGAAUUUUCUUGUCAACAUGUAUUUACACUUUGCCCAGAUGUAUAAAGUCAAUGUCUCUCAAGGUCUGGUAAAGUGAACAUCUAUUGGCUUCCAUUGGCACCACAUUAUGGUGCAAACAUGUUGAAUGCGGUGUCAGUAAAAGAUUUUUAGUACAAUUUGUAAAUACAAAUACUUUGUAAUUUAUUUGCAGUUCCAAGAUAAAUUUCUGUUUUAGUGAAAAUGAUUAUUUUUUUUCUUAUUUUUUCAAGUUGGUCAGCAGAACUCUCACCAGACAUCGUUACAUAGAGUCUGCAGAUAUGUCUGGGGACAGGUGUACUUAAUUAUACACAAGUAGUGUGACCCCUUAUCCUGCAUUAGA